AUGAUACGAUUAAGUUUGAAUCAGAUUGUUUUGCUAACAGCGUGGAUAACAAUUUUUUCUCUGACGUCUUCGGUAUCAGAAGGUUACGGAAAUUUUACACAUAAUGAAACGAAGCCAUAUUCAACACCCCCACGGGUGUGGCAACAUGGGGAAUAUUUCGAUGGGACAGUGGUUCUUCGAAUUAUUAAUAGGGAUAGUGAUAAAACUUCAUCUACUGGAGAAGCAUGGAUAAGACAAGUGUUAUCUUUGCGCAUUAUUCAUCCCAAUGGAACAGUCAGUGAAAUAGACAAAGACCUAAAAAUUCAAGAAUUUAAUUGGCGCAUAACAAGUUCUGGUGGUGAUUACCUGGACCCUAUAAGUAUAUACGCACUUCAUAAGGGCUUCAUACUUGUUAGAUACUUUAAUGCUUCAGAUUCGGGCGAUUUUACAACUUAUGAAGAAUGGGGACGUAUUAUUGAUUGGGAUGGCAAAUUAUAUAGUGAAGUAUUUUUCGGGGGGGCUUACAUCAUAAACGGUACAUGGGGGUCAACGGGAAUAGUGACUAACGUUAAUCCAGAAAAAGGUUUUAUAAGGAUAGCUGGAAAUAUUACACUUCCUCAAAACAAUGGAACUUCUUCAGUAUUAAGAACCAUAGCUACUGUUGACGAGGGUUAUAGUAUAAUCAUGGGAAAUUUCACUAAUUCUAGUAGCAAUAAUCCUUUUGAAAUUCGUGCCGCGGUGUAUGCUUUAACAAAAGGAUAUAAUGAUGAACAAUUUGAUACACCAAGAAUGAUUUAUCAAUUACCUUUAGAUAAUAUUACAAUUUCUGAUAUAUUUUCUGGUACUUCAAGUACAGGAAUUGGACAAGUUUGUACACUCCACAUCAUACGGAACGAUGUUGAUUAUUAUGUGAAACUUAAUUUCUUAUCAUCUGGCUCAAUUACGGAAAUCAUCCCAUUAAGCAUAAACUUACCCGAAUUACCUUCAAAUUCUACUACUGAAUGGCAAAUAGACAGUAUUCCUUUGGGUGGUUAUUUAUACCAUAGUUAUUUUAUUGAUGCAAACUCGCAUACCAAUGUUAUUGUAUACUAUUUUGACGAAUACACAAAUAAGUUUUUUCCCUGGGAUGCUCCUGAACCAUCAGUUGUAAAUCUGAAGGGAGUUUUGAUAUUACUACCUAAUAAUACUAUGUUAAUUUCACAAAUAGAAAGUUCAGAUGCGUGGAGUUUUUUGACCACAGACAUUCCUCAUUACUCAAUAAAUUCGGAUUAUGGUUAUUUAAAUCUUCAAAUAAAAAAUACAAGUCCCUUAAUUAAUGUUAGUAUUUUAACCUCAACGGAUAAAAUUACGAUUACAUAUUAUGAUCCGGUAGAACUUUCUAAUGGGUACAUUUGGAUCUAUCAAUAUAAUAAUAGUGGCGACAACAUUAUACGACAAUUUGUUAAUGGUGUCAAUAGUUUUUGUAACGUCACUGAUAAUGGAUUGAUUGUAACUGUAAAUGUUAUCAAAAGUGCCUUUAGUAAUUCUAAUAGCCAAUUUUAUGUUAAAGUUGACGAUAAUUUUGUAAGAAACAAAGCAUACAAAGAAACCUUAGCGGGUAUAAAUGAUAAUAUUUGGAAAUUUAAUACAAGUUCAAAUGAAGAAAAAAAUUUUGCAGAUACGGUAUCUGGAGUGUUGCGUUUAACUAUAGAAGGCACCGAAUACUACGAAAAUCUUAAUUCAAAUGGAAAAGAUCAAUUCUUUGCAGAUCUGCAUCUUGAAUUAUCUAGAAUUAUUCCUGUUAAUAUUAAGCGACUAAGUUCAAAUAGGAAAACCCAAGUUGAUACCACUGUUAGUUCUAGUCGCCAAAUAUUGAUUUCACUUAAUAUUGAAUCAUCCAAUGAAGAAAGAAGUGUAGCAUUCAUUGUAGACGAUUUAAAUGAUAUGAUUGUACAUAGAAACAUGACUUCCAUUAGUUUAUUACCUACCACAAAGUAUUUAGAUGAAAAUUUUGGAUUUAAACCAAAACAAAACUUAUGGGAUGAAUACAAGUGGGAAUUUUUGGGUAUUAUGUUAAUACUUGCAAUUUUAGUGGUUCUUUUCUUAAUUGCACAAAAAAUGAACAAAAAGGGUCAUUACAUGGCUAUUUUACAACUUGGAUUAAUUAUUUUUGAUUUAGCAAUGGAUAUUCUUUUCGUCAGCAAGAAUGCUAAAGUUAUCAAAGCAUUAUAUAUUCCAAGUAAGGAAAACAAAUCAAAGGAUUUCAGGGUUUGGUUCACUCAAAAUGAAAAGGCGGCAUCAGUAUUUACAGUUUUAUCAAGUGCUGACAUUGAAAUAUUAAGUAUUCUCAAUUCAAAUUUGGCCGGAUUUAAAAUUUUCCAAGCCCCAAUUUCAAUUAAAGGAAAAAAUAGAAUCUUUUGGGUCUCUUGUUUAACCGUUUUCGUUGAAGAUAUACCGCAAAUGAUCAUUCAGUUAUUAUACCAUUUUAGUGUGAUUACAUAUGAUAUAAUCCCUCUUCUUACACUCGCCUCUUCAUGUCUUAACUUGUUAGUUAAUAUUAUUGGCAGAUUAUUUCAAACAUUAAAUAUUUGUCGAUUUGGAACUUUGGAAUAUGACAGUACACGGAAUCAAGAUGAUUUUGAAAAUCUUCAGACAACAUUUAUUGAAAGAAAUUUCACUUCAGACAAAUCGAUAUCACAUUCAAUUGAUGGCAAAGAAGAAAAUGAAAAAAAAUAUUGA